CCCAACAUCGACAAGAUGCUAAACAAUGGCGAAGGUGCUUUACUAAAUCGGGUAAAAAACAGCAUAAAAAACUUACUCGUGUUCAGUGGUCUGAGUUACUUCGAUUGCCAUAUUUUAAUCCUAUUCAGUUUUUGGCUAUCGACCCAAUGCAUUGCCUAUUUUUAGACAUUGCAAAAUGGAUUGUCCCAUCUGACAUUGGCCAAAUUCCAAGAAAGGUAGACUGUGGUGAAGGAUUUGCUAAUUUUACUGCUGAUGAAUGGAAAAUAUUUAUUUUAAUUUAUGCAACACCCUGCCUGUGGGACUAUCUUUCGGCACUAGAUCAAAGAAUUCUCACAAAUUUUGUACGAAUUUGUACAAUUUUG